AUGUCAUUUGGGAUAAAAUGCAAAAAGUCACAAGUAAAAACUCAUAUUUUCAGCAAUGAUCAGCUUCCUUAUGGGUGUUAAAAAAUAGAUGGUUCUUAAAUAAAAGGGGGUCAUUUUAAUAAAAAAAAAUAAAAAAAUUUUCCUUAUCUAUUUGAAAACAAUUGCAGCUUCAGUGAAAAUUUAAAAAAUAAGGCUAAUCAUAAUCGCAAGCUCCGAUCUCACAGCCAAUUAGAAUCUAUAGGAAUCGCUACAAUUGAGAAAAAUCAUCAGUCAAAUUGGUCAUUUUCUGAAAUUUCACACAACAAGAAAAGGUCAUUUGGUAAUGGAGAUUUUCCUUAUACAAUUUUAUCAUUACUUUCCAAGCACAGGAAUUUGCCAGUUGUUAAAAAAUUAAGAGCUCAAGCCAUAUCAGCGUUAACACCUGGGAGCUUUUUAUCAAAACAGAUUAUCAGGGAACAUAAUAAGACACCUAAGAGAGAGCCAAUGCCUGAUAUUUUUAUGAAAAACCAUAAAAAUAAAUACUUGGCGAGCAAUGUAAGCAGUGUGAGGGUGUCGCCUACUCUUAACGAUGAAAAAAAUAACAAUCUUACAGAAAUUUCAGGAAAAAUGAUAAAAACUUAUACAAAGCAACGAAUAAGCAAAAAAAUGUUGCUUCCUUCUCUAGAAAAUACUCAAAGAAUAAGUCCGAGCAAAUAUGGACGGAAAUCUUUUAAGGAUAUAGAAGUAAAAAAGGAAAUAGAUGAAGAAGAAAAUUUAUCAUCUAUAUAUAUGACCAAUUAUGGAUUUAACUAA